ACCGUUCCUACAUUACCAGAUCUAUCAUGACUAAAUACUUACGACUUUGGAAUUAAAUUUUACAAAAAUUAUCCUUGUAAACAUCUCUUUUGUUAAACUCUAAAUAUCCGUUACAAACCGAACUUAGCUAAAGCCUACUAAGGAUCCAAGAGAAUUUAAUAGGCCGAUCCAGAGGCCCAUUUCCAAUUUAAACAUAGAUCCAGAUUCUUUCAGGCCCAUGGAUAAUUCAUUAGAAAUCGAAAAAACAAAAAAGUUUAGUACGCCAUUUUUGAAUUCGGUUUCAAAAAUUGGAAGACAAAGAGCAGAGAUGAAGUACAGAUGUGUAGAAUGUGGAUUCGGAGUGAACACACUUUACGUUCAAUACUCACCCGGAAACAUUCGACUUAUGAAAUGUGAGAAUUGUAGAGCUGUUGCUGAUGAGUAUAUUGAAUUUGAACUAAUGAUUAUUCUGAUUGAUUUGAUUCUGCACAAGCCCAAAGCUUAUAGGCAUCUACUUUAUAAUGUCAUUAAUCAACAAACUAUGAAUUCACAGGGUUUCCUAUGGAAGUCUGUCAUUGGAUUUCUUCUUCUCGAUGCUUAUAGAAGUUUGCUUUUGCAAAGAAAUCAGGAAGAGCAGGGUUCUUCCUUGAGCUUUUCUUUAACAGUUUUGAGAUAUCAAAAGAUAUUCACAGAUGUCUUUUUUGGAAAUGUAAUGUUCCUUUGCUUUUUCCUUCUUGCGACAAGGAUUUUACUAAACACAUCAGUUGGAAUCUCCAGGAGUAGAAAUCUGUUGCAAUCAAUUAUCGUUUCAAGUUACUUUAAGAUUUUUCUUAUUGGGAUGAUGGUUUGGGAAUUUCCAUCUUCGGUGAUUUUCAUCAUUGAUUUAUUUGUUCUAUCUUCCAACAUAGUGGCCUUAAAAGUGAUCACUGAGUCAGAUCUGAAUAGAUGCAUUGGAGCCUGCUUUUGUGCUCAUGCUGCAAAGUUGCUUGCCACUCAGGUGCCCAUGCUGGGAUCAUCAAGAUAAUGAAGCUGCAGCGAUUAUUGUAUGUUGUCAUUCAGUUAAAACAAGUAUGAUUUUAAUGAAGCUAAAUUAAAUUUUAUUUCGUUUCCUACUUGAUGUGUUGUAAAAUUGAACAGCAUUGCUUUAGUUUGAAGCUGUUUAUAUAUUACUACUUACUAGCGCCCAGCAAUAAAUUGGCCAAAUCGUCAAAUUUCUUAGUGCAAAUAUAAUCAAAUGCCUUUUUGAUCA